CCUCGGUCCCCUCUCUAGCCUAGGGAACAGCAAGGAAUACGACGCUCGAUACACUUUUGGGAAGCAUUCGAAACAAAAUGGCGGAUCCCAACACACCUUCCUGGUUAUCUCCCGAAACUCCGGCAUCACCACCGACUGGUAUGGUCCCGGUGGAGAUUGACAGCAGCGGCGUGAAUGCCGCCGCGGCGAGUCCAUCCACGAAUGCCGCCGAAGCAUCCGCGGUUGGUGAUGCCGCGGACGAAGCGGAUCUCCCUGGAGUUAUUCUCAUGAUGCGACUCGCCAACAUGGCGGCCGCAGGCGUCCUCAUUGCUGUAUCGAUUUGGUUAAUGACCACGAUUCCGUCAAUUAGCGCCUUUGUCCUCGCCUUCUACGCCACUUGCGGAGGCAUUCUCAUUUGCUGCCUCGAAACCCAACUCAAGUUCCUGCGCGUCGUCAUUGCCGUCAAUUUUGGUUUUUUGUUCCACUCCGUUUGGCGCUUCUUCUUUUAUUUCCUGUUGGCGUCGGUGGCCUGGAGUUACGAUCACUUGUUUGGGAAAAUAGCCGCCGGUGGGAUGGGCGCCGCGGCCGUUUUCAACACCUACGUGCUCUGCCGGUAUCCGAGCUACCGGAAAAUGCGGGACAAGAUUGCCGAAGAAGAAGACAAGCGUAUCGAAGCACGCAUCUCGAAAGAAGUGCGUCGGCAGGCGGCCUCGCAUCUCACCAAGUAACCAGCACGAUCCAAAGACUGUGGGUGUAGCCGACAAAGUCAUUUAGUAAAUAUACAUUGUUUGUGGCGAUCGC